AUAUGUACAUAUAUAUAAAUAUAAAAAUCAGUAUUUAAAUUAAAAAUUUAAUGUAAUAAUCUCAAUAAAAGAGUGAUAAUUAAUUAGAGAAUGUUAAUGUGAUUUAAAUUAAAUUCACAACUACUUUGGUGAAUCAAGAAAAAUGAGUUUACGUGUCGGUUCUCGACUCUUGAAAACACAUGUGAAUCGUCAGACUCGAUUCUUAUCACAGUUUUACAACAUCGAUGAUAGUGCCUUUGGAUUUACAGAUCAACAAAAAGAGUUGCGCAAUCUAUCUUUCAACUUUGCGCAAAAGGAAUUAGCACCAAUAGCUGGAGAAAUCGACAAAAAGAAUAACUUUGAAAAUUUGAGGCCAUUUUGGAAGGAAUUGGGAAGACUGGGUUUCCUUGGAAUUACUGCAAAACCCGAAUAUGGAGGGACUGGUGGUGGAUAUUUGGAUCACGUGAUUAUUUUGGAAGAAAUAAGCAGAGCAUGUGCUGCUGUGGGUCUCAGUUGUGGUGCCCAUUCAAAUUUAUGUCUGAAUCAAAUUCACAGAAAUGGAACUGAGGAUCAAAAGCAAAAGUAUUUACCAAAGUUUAGCUCCGCCUAUUUAGACGGCCUUGAAACCUUCACGUUCGAUAAUUUGAAGGCUGGGGCUGCUAACAUUUUGGGAGAACUAAAUAAAGGGGUUUACGUUCUAUUCAGUGGAUUAGACCUGGAACGUCUUGUUUUGUCAGCCGUUAGUCUAGGAAUUUUACAAUCAUGCUGCGACGUGGCUUUUCAGUACGCUCAUGAUCGAAAACAGUUUGGAAAACCAAUUGCUGGAUUUCAGCUAAUACAGGGUAAAAUUGCAGACAUGCACAUGGCUUUGUGUGCUAGCAAAUGUUAUAUUUACACAAUUGCUAGAGCAUGUGAUUCAGGAUUUGUUAGUCGUAAAGAUUGUUCCGCGGUAAUCACGUAUGCGUCUGAAAUGUCAACAAAGGCAGCUCUUGAUGUGAUACAAAUACUUGGAGGUAACGGAUACAUAAAUGAUUAUCCAGCAGGACGUUUACUGCGUGAUGCAAAAUUAUUGGAAAUUGGUGCUGGAACAUCUGAAAUUAGGAGAAUGGUCAUCAGUCGAGCAAUCACUGAAGAAUAUUCAUAAUUAUAAGUAAUUUACAUAAAUAUAAAUAUGUUCAAUUAAAAAUAUAUAAAUAUGUAUAUAAAUAAUUAUAUAUAAAAAACAAUAAA